AUGUCGGAACUGCGUGGUUCGCCACCACUUUCGAGGGUUUUGGAAGGUGGUUUCGGAGCUCCGUUGGCAGCGUUAAGUUCUUUGGCGGAAGCGCCUCCUCCGGCACCCAACCCUCACGGAAUAGACCAUAUUCUGUCAAGGCCGUCAGUUGGAUCAAAUGUUGGCGCUGGUCUGCUGACGCCAAGGUUGUCUUUGGCGGCGGCGGCGGCGGGCAUGGCACAUUACUUGCAACACAAACCGUUAUAUUGGCCUGGUUUCCAGGGGCUGGUGUCAAAUCCUAUGGCGUGGAGAGAAAGGUUACAGUCAAUGAGCAAUGGCGCGCUCAGCGCGUGCGCGGCGCAAGGCGGCAUGGACAAGGACGGCAAGAAGAAGCACACGCGGCCCACCUUCAGCGGGCAGCAGAUCUUCGCGCUGGAGAAGACCUUCGAGCAGACCAAGUACCUGGCCGGCCCCGAGCGCGCCAAGCUGGCGUACGCGCUGGGCAUGACCGAGUCACAAGUCAAGGUCUGGUUCCAGAACAGAAGAACGAAAUGGCGGAAAAAGCACGCCGCGGAAAUGGCGACCGCAAAACGCAAACAAGAGGAGUUGGGAGAAGAAUGCGACGAACAAGAAACGCACGAUGCAGACGGUUGCAGCGACGAGGAAGAAGCGAAAAGACCUCGUUUGGACCUACACCUUCACAUGCCGCACCAUCGACAGUGAUCCGACCACGGCGUGGACCAGUCUGCGCCCGACCAAACGGAACGGAUCCGUCCAGACCGUUCCGACCCGUUCCAGACCG